AUGGAAAUGAAGGAGAGACAACGUUGGAGAGCUGAAGAGGACGCUUUGUUACGUGCGUAUGUGCAGCAAUAUGGACCAAGGGAGUGGAACCUUGUAUCACAGCGCAUGAAUACGCCCCUAAACAGGGAUGCCAAAUCUUGCUUAGAAAGGUGGAAGAAUUAUCUCAAGCCCGGCAUCAAGAAAGGAUCACUUACUGAAGAGGAGCAGCGCCUUGUCAUUUGCCUUCAAGCCAAACACGGUAAUAAAUGGAAGAAAAUUGCUGCUGAAGUCCCUGGACGUACUGCUAAGAGAUUGGGUAAGUGGUGGGAAGUGUUCAAAGAGAAGCAGCAGAGAGAACAGAAAAACAAUAAGACAGUUGACCCUGUUGACGAGGGUAAAUACGAUAGAAUUCUUGAAACUUUUGCUGAGAAGCUAGUGCAGGAGCGUGCUGCCCCAUCAUAUCUCAUGGCUACUUCAAAUGGGUCCUAUCUUCAUACUGAAACAUCUUCUCCUGCGCCUACGAUGCUUCCUCCUUGGCUUUCUAAUUCCAAUGUGACCUCCAAUGUCAGGCCACCAUCUCCGUCUGUUACCCUGAGUCUCUCUCCAACAGUUGCACCCUCUCCUCCAAUCCCUUGGCUGCAGCCUGAUAGAGGAUCAGAUAAUAGUAUUGUUUUGGGCAAUAUGCCACAUCAUGGCUCAGUUCCUGUUUGUGGAGAGAACCUUGUAAUAUCUGAGUUGGUAGAGUGCUCUAGAGAGUUGGAAGAAGUGCACCGUGCUUGGGCAGCGCAUAAAAAGGAAGCAUCCUGGAGGUUAAGGAGAGUAGAAUUGCAACUGGAAUCGGAGAAGGCUUGUAGGAGGAGGGAGAAGAUGGAAGAGAUUGAGGCGAAGGUGAAAGCUCUAAGGGAAGAGCAGAAGGCUGCUCUGGAUAGGAUUGAAGCAGAAUACAGGGAACAAUUAGCAGGGCUAAGGAGAGAUGCCGAAGCAAAGGAACAGAAGUUGACUGAGCAAUGGGUUGCAAAGCAUUUGCGUCUCUCCAAGUUUCUUGACCAGAUGGGUGGCAGGCCAAGGCUGGCUGAGCCUAAUGGCCGGUGA